AUGCUUAAUCCAUGGUCAUUCAUACCAGCAGCCAUAUCACUGAUUGGUUUACUAUUAGUACGUCACUAUUUUGCACCAUGUUCCCGUGAUUUGAGACGUCUUGAAAGUAUUACACGUAGUCCUGUGUAUUCCUAUUUGACAUCGACCAUUCAUGGUCUUAAAGUAAUUCGAUCCUAUCAUGCAGAACAUAUGUGUUCAACUGAAUUUUCUUCUCAUCUCGAUGAUAAUACACGAGCAAACUAUCUUAUCUAUGCCACUAAUCGUUGGGCUGCACUUCGCUUCGAUUGGGUAGCACUUGUUUUCAUUUCUUUGGUUACAAUGCUCUUAAUGGCUCUACGUGUCACUGGAUAUCGAUAUUUUUCAACAGCUGAUAUUGCCAUGACACUCUCAUAUAGUCUUAGUCUAAUGGGACUUCUACAAUGGACGAUUAGAGUAUCAGUCGAUUUGGAAACAAGAAUGACUUCAGUUGAGCGUGUACUCGAAUAUUGUUCUCUUGAGCAAGAACCUCCAGCUCAAGUUCCACCGAAUCGUCGACCACCAUCAAAUUGGCCAUCUCAUGGUCGAAUCGUAUUUGACAAUGUUUCCAUGUCUCAUUCAUCUGAUAAUCAGUCGUUACUUGCUCUACGUCAAAUUUCGAUGACGAUUGAAGCUGGUGAAAAAGUGGGUAUUGUCGGAAGAACAGGUGCUGGAAAGAGUUCAUUAAUUCAAACAUUGUUUCGCAUGGGAACACUUGUUAAUGGUCAAAUUAAAAUCGACAAUAUUGAUAUUGCAUUGAUUGGAUUAGAUGAUGUUCGAAGUCAUAUUUCAAUUAUUCCACAAGAUCCUGUUCUUUUUACAGGUACUAUGCGAAGUAAUCUCGAUCCAUUCAGUGAAUAUUCAGAUGCCGAAAUUUGGCGCGUACUUGAACAGGUACAAUUGAAAACAUUAGUUGCUGAUGAAAUGCCGAAUGGACUUCAUUCCAUAGUGAAUGAAGGUGGUUCAAAUUUGAGUGUUGGUCAAAAACAACUCGUAUGUUUGGCAAGAGCUAUUCUAAAAAUGAGUAAAAUUCUUGUGAUCGAUGAAGCAACUGCCAAUGUUGAUAAUGUUACUGAUGAAUUAAUUCAACGAGCCAUUCGUGAAAAGUUCAAAGAAUGUACAGUUCUUACUGUAGCUCAUCGUCUAAGAACAGUGAUUGAUAGUGAUCGUAUUCUGGGUGUUACAACUGAUUUUCAGGUUCUUGUAAGAGCAUAUUUGACUAGAAUUCCGUGUGGUUUUGGUACUCUUCCAAUAGAUGCACGUUCCACUCAUAUGUAUACUAGAAGUACACUAGAUAUUGAGAGAGAUCGUCUGGUACUUCGACAAUUAGCUGCAGCUAAGAGUUUUGCUUAA